AAUAAGUUAUCUAAUAAGGUAUAGGGCCCAAAUGUGUAGAGACCCAUGGGCUUGACCUAAUCAAUGAUGGGCUGAUUAGGGUUAAGCACUCUAUAAAUAAGGGGUUAUGGUCCCUAGUUGUACGCGUCAUUCCGUCUUUCUGCAUCCCAUCGCUAGAGAGAUAAUUCCCGAGGGCGUGUAUCAGCUAGAAGACGCAAACCCUAGCCUCCGUCUCCCGGAUCUCCAAAGGUGAUCUCCCAUGGAGUCAGUCAAUAAUUCUGCUGCUACAAUAUCUGCUAAUAUUAAUAGCAUCUCAGUGCUUAACGGCACGAAUUUUAAGGAAUGGAAAGAGAAUGUUAUGAUCGUUCUCGGUUGCAUGGAUCUAGACCUUGCACUUCGGACUGAGAGACUCGCCGCUCUUAAGGACACAUCUACCCUCGAUGAAAAGAGGGAGAUGGAGAGGUGGGAACGCUCAAAUCGCAUGAGUCUAAUGAUCAUGAAACAUGCAAUUCCAGAAUCAUUCAGGGGCACAAUGUCUGAUGAGGCUGAUGCCAAAUCGUUCCUUGCCGAACUUGAAAAGCGUUUUGCUAAAAACGAAAAGGCGGAAACUAGUACUCUUUUGAGCACUCUUGUUUCCAUGAAGUAUAAAGGCAAAGGGAACAUAAGGGAGUACAUUUUGGAAAUGUCUCACAUUGCUUCAAAACUAAGUGCACUGAAGCUUAUUUUACCUGAGGAAUUGCUUGUGUAUUUAGUUUUGAUCUCUCUUCCUUCUCAAUUUAAUCAAUUUAAAGUCAGUUACAACUGUAUUAAGGAGAAAUGGUCUCUCAAUGAGCUCAUUUCUCAUUGUGUUCAAGAGGAAGAGAGAAUAAAGCAAGAUAAGACAGAAAGUGCUCAUUUAGCAUCUACCUCUAAGGGCAGCAAUAAAAGAAAAAUUAAGGAAGCUGCAAAUUCGGGGCCUCCCAGGAAGCAUCACAAGGAAACUAAGGAAGAAACUAAGGAAUCUGGAUGCUUCUUUUGCAAAGGGACUAAUCACAAGAAAAAGAACUGCACUAAGUACCAUGCUUGGCGUGCGAAAAAGGGGUUGCCUGAGCUGCCGAAAACCAAUUGAUGGUGAAAGAUACAUCUAUGUCGGUGAUGGCAAGCGGGUUGAAGUUGAGGCUAUCGGUGUUUUUAGAUUAUUAUUAAAGACUGGUUUUUAUUUGGAUUUGAAAGAGACAUUUGUUGUGCCGUCAUUUAGGCGGAAUUUAAUUUCUAUUUCUGCAUUGGACAAAUUUGGUUAUUCUUGUUCAUUUGGAAAUAGUUAGUUCAG